AUGGCAUUGGCUGUCGCUAAGCUUGGCGAAGUCUAUCGUGAUGAAGGGCUUGUUCACGAGAGCUUGAAGCUCUACCGCGAGGCUCUGCGCGAGGUCCAAAUAGCGCUGUGGGAUCGAGACUUGAUGCUUCAUGACCAGACGCUUGCUGCCUGUGUGGCUUUAGGCAUGUAUGAGAUGAGUCAAUGUCCGAAUCAGUCAAAACAUGGAUACAUCAGUCAUACGCUGGGCUGCCAAAAACUGAUCCAACUUCGUGGUGCAGAGGCGCAUACGGAUGGGCUGGGCCAUUCCAUCUUCGUACAUUUCAGGAUCCAGGGUAUUCUCUAUUCUCUGGACCUGUGCCAGCCUUCCUUCUUGGGGGAGCCGCCGUGGCUGGAGAUACCCUGGCAAGUCAAACCGAAAACACCCUAUGACCGAAUUUACGACUUCCUCACAUUUGCACCAGAGCUGCUCAGACAGGGCGAGAUGCUCGAGCACAUGGAUUUUGAUGGCAAGUUGCAGCUUGCGACGAAGAUGAUAUGGAAAUGCUGGAAGCUGGACGCCGAGUUACAGUCUGUUUAUGACUCUUUGGAAAAGAGCCAUGACGGGCCACUAUAUUGGCCGGAACUGGCAAAAGACAAAAGUCUUGACGUUGGCUCGAAGGAUGGCAUGUUAUUUCCGGUGGCGUUCCACUUUCCCAAUCUCUCCAUCGCCAACACGGUCAUCAUUAGUUGGGGGGUCCAGGCUAUCUUGUGGCAAGGUCUGUGGAACCUCUAUGGACUGAUUGUCGAAUUGCAGACGGCAUUUGCAGAAGGGGCCGCUUUCGCACGAGGGAAUGUGGACGGGGCUACCGGAUCUUCGACCGAUGAUGUUGGCAGUAUCUUCCACUUCCCACCACUAGAACAUCGGGCAGACUUCGCCGCACCCUGUCGCAAUAUACUUCAGUCUGUCGAAUACAGCCUGCAAGAUGACAUGCUCGAUCAAGGGCCGAAAUGUGUUGCAGCUCCAUUGAGGAUGGCGAUAGAGACAUUGUUGCCAUUCCCUCAGUACAGGCGCGAGGUCGAUUGGGCGGAGAGAGCAGUGAAGAAAAUACAGGAGAGAUCCUUCCGGUUACUUAUAUACUAUAAGCCACGAAGAUAG